AGUCGUAUUGGCGCGGCGCAGUGCAUAGCAGUGUAGCGACGACGACGGCGGCGGCGGCAGCUGUACACGGUAUACGCGUGCAUUUCGACCUGUGACCGUUACCCGUAUUAUAUUAUGUUAUUAUAAUAUAUUAUUUUCGUAUUUACUACACUCGUCACGCGCGCGUCCACGACAGCCGUCGUCAUACACAUAAUACUCGCUGCGCGUUAUCGUCGCGUAACGAUAUCGGCGCGUAACACAUCGUCACAGUAUAUAUAUAUAUAUAUAUAUUCUGCGGCGUUACGUCGCAGCCAUCAUCGCGCAUUACCGUGCACGACAUCGCGGGGCAGUCGAUCGGCACGCUACGGUUACGGAUACGGUACGUUGCUACUCGCGGCGGCGCGCGCGAUAAACGUUUAAACGCACGCGAGCGCGCACCCGUGUCGUCGCGUCUUAAUAAGCCGUACACCGUGACGGCGGCGCGCACGGCACCGGUAAAAUCCGAGAAAAAUAUCUGUAGUAAGUUAUCGCCCGGCGUUACCGGCGUACCCGCGACAGUCUCGCCGCGGUCGCGGUCGACGCGCGUCGCGUAUAUAAAAGCGACGAAAAGUGCGUGUGUGCUGUUGCCGUUGCUGCAGUUGGUGUUGCUGCAGCCGCUCCGGCUUAUCGCCCGCAGCCGCGGCGCCGUCGCUGCCGACGACGAAGACGAUGCCGUUGGCCGACGACCGAUAACAGAGCUGACCACACCGCGGGCGGCGCAUGGACUUGCAGCAGCACCGACAACCGCGACACCGUCCGUCACCGUCGUCUGACCGUCCUGCAGAAUUACAUAAUCGGCUUUCUCAAAUGUUAUUGGAACCGCAGCAGCAGCACGGUGGUGGCGAAGAGAGAGGCGACGAACGGCAUCGUCGCCAUGGACGGCACCAUCACGACGAGCACAUGAGUGACGGCGGUGGCAACGAACAACAGCAGCAAAUGCUGUUACUACACCAACACCACCUGAACCAGCAACACUUGCAGCACCAACAGCAUCACCCGCACCAGCAAGGCCAUCAGUUACUUCAACAGUUGCCGCAACAUCAGCAACAGCAGCAGCAGCAGCAGCAGCACCAAGACAAUGAACUACAACAGCACCAACAGAUGCAGCAGCAACGCCAACACGAACCGUUGGACGGUCACCAUCACCAACACCACCAACUGCAUCACGAGCAACAGCUGCACGAUCUCCACCACCAAAACCUACAGCACCAGCAAAACCUACAACAGCACCAGCAGAGCCUCCAACAGCAGCAGCAGCAGCAACAGCAGCAGCAGUACGGCGAGGUGAACCAGCUGGGCGGGGUGUUCGUCAACGGCCGGCCGUUGCCCAACGCGGUCCGCGUGCGCAUCGUCGAACUGGCCCGCGUCGGCAUCCGGCCGUGCGACAUCAGCCGGCAGCUGCGCGUCUCGCACGGGUGCGUGUCCAAAAUCCUCGCCCGGUACCACGAGACCGGAAGCGUGCUACCCGGGGCCAUCGGCGGCAGCAAGCCACGGGUGACCACGCCCCGGGUGGUGGCGUACAUCGGCCGGUUGAAGCGCAAAGAUCCGGGCGUGUUCGCGUGGGAGAUCCGCGACCGGCUGCUCGCCGACGGCGUGUGCGACAAGUUCAACGUGCCCAGCGUGUCCAGCAUCAGCCGGAUAUUGCGCAACAAGAUCGGAUCGUCGGGACCGACGCAGCAGAACGCGGCGUCGCAGCAGCCGACGGCCGUCAUGACCGGUGCGGGCGGCCUGUCGCCGACCACCGCCGCGGCGGCGCACCACAUGUACGGGCCGUACCACCACCACCACCACCAUCACCACCCGUCCGCGUCGCCGCCGCCGCCGUCCGUGGCCGCGGGCUAUCAGCUCCACCACCAACACGGCCAAUACCACCACCAACACCACCAGCUCUACCACAACCAUCACUACCAACAGCACCAACACCUGUGUUCGCCGCCACCGCCGCCGCCGCCCUCGUCGGGUCUGUCGCCCGCCGUGCCGCCGGCCACGGGUGGCUCGGCGUGUUGUUCUCCGACCGUGCCGGCCGCGGCGUCCAGGUCUCUGACGUCGCCGUCGCUGGCCACACAGCUACAACCGCCGGCGCCGCCGCCGCCGCAGCACUGUUGGCCGAGUCCGCACGCCGUCACCGACAUACUCGCGGCCGCGGCCGCUGCUCAGCAACAGCAUCAGCACCACCAACACUUACACCCGUCGCACCCGCACCACCUGCAUGCGUCGCAACACCACCCGAACGGCCAUUACGGCGUCGGCGGCGGAAGCGGCGGUGGCGGGGGCAGCGAAUCAGCGGCCGCCACGACGGCUGCCGCCGCAGCAGCCGCCGCAGCAGCAGCCGCGGCCGCGGCGGCCAAUUACGACACGACGGCCGGCGGUAGCGCCGCCGCAGCCGCGGCCGCCGCGGCGUACAACACGUACUGCAGCAGUUACUACCAUCACGCGAUGGUGUACGCGGCCACGGCGGCGGGCAGUAUUGCGGCGGCCGGCCGCCAUCCGUCGCACCACCUGAGCACGACGCCGCCGUGCACGGCAGCGGCCGUGUGGCCACACUCGAUAGGACCGCCGCCGCCGCCGCUGCCGCCGCCCGCACAGUCGCCGACGCCGUCACCGCCGACAUCGGCCGCGGCGUCGACCACCGCGUGACCAUUACCGCGGUGGUGAAUUCUCAGAAUGCAUUACACCGACGGACGGAAGACAGAAAUCAUAAAAUUAUAAUAUAAAUAUUAUCGUUGUGCGGUUUUUAUAUAUAGAAAAAUACUUAAGGUAUUUCGAUGGUCACUCCGCUGGUGUGCGUUGGACGUCGCGUGUCCGCUAUAGAACGUAAAGACUAAAAAAACGAAUUAUGUACAAUUAUUUUAUUAAACAUAUUAGUAUAAUAUAAUAUAGGUACGGCGUCUGUGUAAUAAAAUCGUGUUCAUUUUAUUAUAUUUUUUCACGAUUCGUAUACGAUUUAAACUAUAAAUAUUUUAUUAUUAUUAUUUUUUUUUUUAACUGAUCUAAUUGGAUGUCGACAUGAUUUAAUAUUCAUUAAAAACGAUCAUAAUAUGAUAUUUUGUAUAUUAUGUACAACUUAAACAUUGAAAGUGGUAGAAACAAAUAAUUGUAGUUCGACCGACAAAAUAUAAAUCCAAUUGUCCGCCAUCACUCUUGUCUCGCCCAUUGUAUUACAUGCAUUAUACAUAAUAUACUUCCAUAGGUUAAGCACAUCAUGUACACAUAUGUUUAUAAAUAUAUAAUUUAUUUAAAUUUUUUUUUUGUUUUACAUAAGCGUUUAUUAUAUUAUAUUGAAAUUUUACAACUGUGACUA